AUGCGGCGUCUCUCGCAGACAUGGAAGCAGAAGAGAACGUCGGACCGAAGUCAACAUGUCUUCAAACAAAGAAUUACUAACGUCCAUGAACUGAAAAAUGAAAAGGAUAACCAAAGCAACUCCAAGGUCAACCAACAAGUUGUAAAUGCACCAUCUCCAAGUGUGUCAUUCAACUUGUCAUUUGGCUUUGAGUUUGAUGCUGCCGAUUUCUCAGAAGUUGACAAAAUCGUCGACCAACACCUCCAUUGUGACCCUGUGCCACAGUCCCCUCUGAAAUCUUCAAAUGGUGUCUUUAAAGGAAAUGUUACUCCUAAGCCAGCUGGACUGGUUUUUACUCCACCAUCCACCACCAACGGGAAAAGCGGAUCUGUACCAAACAAGUUUGGCCGUGCCAGGGAGCGCAUCUCAACACCAAUUGAAGACUCGGAGAAUAUGGCACUGUUUUCUUCUGCUCAUUCUCCUGUGUUUUCACCUGUCACUGGUGCUUUUCAACAGUUUGAAAACAGUAACUUGGUAUACUCGGCGCCGACAAGUGCAGGAAAGACAAUGGUUGCAGAGCUGCUGAUGUUAAAACGAGUGUUAGAGACAAAGAGGAAAGCGCUCUUCAUUCUGCCUUUUAUCAGCGUGGCGCGUGAGAAAAUGUUUUAUCUCCAGCGUCUAUACCAAGAGGCAGGGGUGCGAGUAGAGGGGUACAUGGGCAGCCACGCCCCACCCGGGGGCUUUGUUUCUGUUGACAUUGCAGUGUGCACGAUAGAGAAAGCCAACAGUCUGCUUAAUCGUCUGCUGGAGGAGAAUAAAGCUCUGUCUUCUUUGGGAAUUGUAGUCGUGGAUGAAAUGCACAUGAUUGGCGAUUCACACAGAGGAUAUUUACUGGAACUGUUUUUGACCAAAAUACGAUACAUCGCUGGCUACAAGGGAGGAAACAGUAAUGUGGCAAGCGAAGAAACGACGCCAGCGAUACAAAUAGUCGGCAUGAGCGCGACCUUACCCAACCUGGACAUGCUCGCCAAGUGGUUGUCCGCUGACUUGUACUUCACGGACCACAGGCCAGUCCCACUGAAGGAAAUGGUCAAAGUAGGAUCGGCACUCUAUGACGCUAACAUGGAGAAGAUUCGAGAAAUCAGUGCUGGAACCGUUAAAGGGGACGAAGAUCACGUGAUACCCCUGUGUAAGGAAACCAUUGUUGACGGGCACUCGGUGUUAAUCUUCUGUCCAACAAAAAACUGGUGUGAAAAACUAGCCGAGACCAUCGCCAAGCAUUUUGCAGAAAUCGGAAACUUGGCUUUUCAGGAGGGGACCGACAACAAUGUUCAGGGUGGUGGGUUUGUGAAGGCAUCUGCGCUCGUCACGUUUGAUUACGCCGCAUUGAGGGAGGUCAUAGAACAGUUAAAACGCACCCAAGUAGGAUUGGACUCGAUGCUGGCACGUAUGGUUCCACAUGGAGUGGCAUUUCAUCACGCAGGGCUCACUUUUGAUGAGAGGGACAUUAUAGAAGGAGCCUUUAGGCAGGGGUCCAUUCGCGUACUUGUGGCGACCUCUACACUGUCUUCAGGAGUAAAUCUUCCCGCUCGUCGUGUUAUUAUUCGCACGCCAAUGUUUCAUGGCAAGCUAGUGGAUGCUCUGAUCUACAAACAGAUGGCUGGCCGCGCAGGCCGCAAAGGAGUCGAUGCCCUGGGCGAGAGUGUACUGAUGUGUAAACCCGCUGAACGACAAAAGGCGGCUUCGCUGUUGAAUUCUCGACUGAAAGCCGUGCAAAGUUGUUUGCUGGGUAAGGAAGACAAUGGUGGAAUCAAGCGUGCACUCCUUGAGGUCAUCGCCAGCGGAGUGGUCACCAGGCCUCAGGAUGUAGAGCGUUACUCGGCCUGCACAUUCUUCGCCUCAGUCCCCGCGCGGCAAGACGUAAAUGACACGGAUGCCGUCAUCAAGAAAACCGUGAAAUUUCUGGUGGAAAACGAGUUUGUUCGUUUACAAAGAUGCGAUGAUACGAAGACGGAAGAAAACAACGAUGAAACGGAGGAGAGAUACGUACCCACUCAGCUUGGUUUGGCCACAUUAUCAUCCGCUCUUUCUCCCGGUGAAGCUCUGGUUGUGUUUGCUGAGGUCCAGAAAGCGCGCAAGUGCUUCGUGCUCGAAAGUGAACUGCACAUUAUAUACCAGGUGACACCAAUCUACAUACAAGAUCAAUGGCCCAGUAUAGAUUGGUACCAGUACCUGCGCAUCUUUGAGCGUCUGCCUGCAAACAUACGCCGUGUGGCAGACCUGGUAGGAGUAGAAGAAGGCUUUCUUGCCAGAGCUGUGCGAGGCCGCGUUCUAACGCGCACCGAGGAGCAGCGCCAAUCCCUUGCCGUGCAUCGCCGAUUUUACGCGGCAUUGGCUCUUCAAGAUCUCGUACAUGAAGUACCACUUAAUGUAGUUGCCAGGCGGUACGGAGCAAACCGCGGAAUGCUACAAUCUUUACAAAGUUCUUCUGCAACGUUCGCGGGAAUGGUGACCGUGUUCUGCGAGAAGCUCGGUUGGACCAACAUAGAGAUGCUUCUGUCGCAGUUCCAGAGCCGUUUAUCUUUUGGCGUCGAGCGAGAGCUUUGUGACCUGGUACGAAUAUCGCUUUUAAAUGCCGCGCGUGCGCGUAUGCUGUACAACGCUGGCUACCACACCAUCGCUUCCGUUGCAGCAGGGCCUCCGUCUGAAAUCGAGAAUAUCUUGCACAACGCUGCGCCAUUUGUCAGCGGACGCAAGCGAGGUCAGGAGACUGAGACCGAGGUACGUGAACGUAGCGAGGCACGGGUGAUUUGGGUCGCAGGGAGGAGAGGGCUCACUGAAGGAGCGGCUGCAAAGCUCAUUGUUGGUGAGGCAAAGCAACUGUUACAAGCUGAUGUGGCGCAGCUCGGAAUUCAGUGGAAACCGUCAGAGAUUGGAGAAAAUACUGGAGGUCAAGGCAGUCGAGAUCAAUUGAAUUCUUCCGGCGUGAUAGAAGGCAGUCCAAAGUCCCUCAGAGGGCAACCGGCUGAAACUUUACUAAGUGUCACUGGCUUAAAAAUGGCGAACAAAACAGAAGUAGUCAUUGGUAAACCAAUCUCAAAGUCAACUCCUCCUGCUUCUCUUGGUGGACAGACCAUGGAAAACGGAACGAUCAGGCACGGUGAUGACCAUCAGGAAAUUGUUGGGCCAAGUUCACUAAGAAAGAUGGAAUCCAUCGAGACGGGCGGAGAUUUCUUGAAUCUCCCUUCGCGACACCUAGAUACAAGAGUGGAUCGCCAAAAAAGUCAAGGAGAGGUCGGAAAAGAAGAGAAAAUCACAUUUGUCUUCAAAAAUAGAGACUGCCCCUCGACAUCCGAGGAGGAACAUUCCUCUAGAUCCAGACAUUCCAAACGCAUGAUGGCAAUCUCGAGUGAUUCUACUUCCAUUAUUCCUUUAAGGAAUGGGAUUACAGAUUUUCCUCGCUCAAGGAGCAAACGUCGUUCACCAAUACCUGAGAUGCCUGAGCCACAAGAAAAAUUAAAGAGAAAGGAAACAGCGGCAGUGAGCAUCCCGGAAGUAAACAUACCGGAAGUAAAUAUACAUGAAGCGAUUGUUCCGGAAGUAAUCUUACCAAAAGUGUCGAAAGAGUCGAAAAACUCCUCCGCUGUGAUGGAGGAGGUCUCAGCUGAUUCUAAAUUUUGCAACGAAACUCAGUCGGUUUCUCUGGAGUUGUACUCUGAGCCGUUUGAAGGUGAAGAACCUGCCGUGAAAGAAAAAACCGAUAAUUCCACUCAUGGUGAGGGCAAUGUCCUGCUCGAUUCUCAGGCACUUGCUGCAUGUAGCUUGAGUGACACCUGUCUUAUGAAGUGUGACGUUAUAGCUGAAGAGAAAGCCGAUAAGUUAACGACGCACUCGCGUGCCGUGGCCGAGACAAAUGAGCCACCUGGCAAGGACUGCGAAAUUCUGCCCGAUAAAGUAAACACAGUACAACCUGGUAGUUUGGUUACGCUUGAAAGUCAGGAGAUAAUCGGUGAAUAUGACACUCAUCCACGCCCUCCAGCCACAGAUGAAUUUCAUACGAACCACAGCUUGGAAAUUCUGUCGUCAUUCGCUUCUCCUGUUCUUCAGUCGCGGAAAUGCUCCGUGGCAGAUGACUUAGCCUCCGUAAGCACUGCGAAUUCAUUUUCGCUUCGUCUUUCGUCCAGCGAUGGUUGCCUCGACUCUGAUCUGUCCAUGUUGGCCGUUGUUGAGUUAAUGGAGAAAGAAGCUGAUGCCAAAAGCCUGCAAAAAGAAACAGAGACCGAAGCAUUACCUCGCGCGCCUGUGGUACGUCACAGUGAAUCUGAUUUUAUUAAAAUCAAGAGCUUGAAAUCCACUUAUUUACCCAGCCACAAAGAUGAGAAAUCGCCCAACAAGAAAAUACCACGCAGUUCACCGACACAUGGUGAUGAAAUUAAAGAAAAUGAAAUGCCAGAUUCAGACAUUGUCCCUUCCACACCCCCGAGAGAGAAACGGCCGUCCCAGGGUGACUUUAAGACAAAAACGUCAGCCACUCCCUUGUCGACAAGAAAACGCUCGUCUCCUCGAAGGUCACCGUAUUCCAAUGCCCCGGAUGAAGGACUUGUAAUCAUCGACGUUGCAGGACAUGAGCAAGUUUUUGCAAUGUUCCUUAAAGAAUGGCGCAGUCAAACUCGCUUUUCGUUAGCUGUAGCUUGUGAGCGCUUCCUUGAUGACGUCCCCAGAAUAGGAGGACGAUUCAGUAAUGCGCCAACAUCAGAAGGGACCCCGAGGGGCUUGAAGGUGGAAGGAGAGGAUCUAAUGGUGGUCGGAGUUGCGGUGAGCUGGAGCUAUAACGACGCUUAUUACGUUUCUCUCAAAGAGAAUGCUCAGCCGUCGCCCCGUCAACCGGACGACAGUCAGGCUGAGUCAGCGGUUGAUAGUAAUCUGACCCUUGCUCGUCGUGUAAAUGCACUGAAGAGUGUUAUUCAGUCCUUGACAGAACGAGGCCGACUCAUGGUUUGUUUUGAUGUCAAAGAACACUUCAAGACCUUUGCGAGAUCUACCGGGAUCUCUCUCAGUGGACCUGCGGAGGACCCCAAGGUAGCUAGUUGGCUCUUGGAUCCAGGAGCAAAAGAAAAGAACCUUCAUCAGCUUGUAGGAACGCACUUACCUGAGGAGGCACCUCUAUUGGAAGGUAGCGGUGGUGGACUGGGUACAGGAGGUCUGGCUCUAGCAUACCAAUGUCAGCAGAGCGGUCGAGUGAGGGCCUGUGUCGAGUCUGUCUUAGUUCUUUCUUUGAUGAAAAAGCUGAGUCCUUUACUAGAGGCGGAGGAUCUGAUGUUGGCGUUUACUAAGGUGGAGAUGCCAUCUGUGCUGUGCUUGGGUCGCAUGGAGUUAAAUGGCUUAGGGUUCUCAGACACAGAGAGUGAACAUCUAAAGAAUAUCCUACAGGCCAAGCUACGCAGGCUGGAAGAGGAAGCAUACCGACUGGCCAAUCACAGUUUUUCACUGACCAGUCGAGAAGAUGUGGCUCAGGUACUUUUUGUAGAGCUCAAACUGCCACACGACGGCAACUCGGAAGAUGGCCUGGCUACUAAGCGCAAGACGCUAGGCGUGACUCGGCGUGGAACGUCACGUGGUACGAAGCAUCUCAGCACCAACAAAGACGUGCUUGAAAGGCUCAAGCCGCUGCAUCCGCUUCCUGGGCUGAUCAUAGAGUGGCGGCGGAUCAACUCGGCCCUAACUAAGGUGGUGUUUCCAUUACAGAAGGAAAAGUGUUUCAAUCCGAGACUCAACAUGCCACGGAUUCACUCCAUGAGCCAGACGCACACAGCGACUGGACGAGUAUCAUUCGCGGAGCCGAACUUGCAAAACGUCCCCAAAGAUUUUGAUAUCACAUUACCAACAACUAUCGCCGAGAGUCCCCCUCCUGGAGUCUGGGACGAGAAGUCUUCCUCAAAGCGAGGCAGAAGAAGGCGGCAGAGCAUGAUGAAUGUUAAGCCUGGGAUGAAUUCAACAGGAGUGGCUCCAAACUUUUCUGUGAGUAUGCGGAACGCUUUUGUCCCGUUUAAGAANUUUUUUUAUUAUCUGCAAUUUUGGAUUGCCCUCCCACGACAGGUGACACCAAUCUACAUACAAGAUCAAUGGCCCAGUAUAGAUUGGUACCAGUACCUGCGCAUCUUUGAGCGUCUGCCUGCAAACAUACGCCGUGUGGCAGACCUGGUAGGAGUAGAAGAAGGCUUUCUUGCCAGAGCUGUGCGAGGCCGCGUUCUAACGCGCACCGAGGAGCAGCGCCAAUCCCUUGCCGUGCAUCGCCGAUUUUACGCGGCAUUGGCUCUUCAAGAUCUCGUACAUGAAGUACCACUUAAUGUAGUUGCCAGGCGGUACGGAGCAAACCGCGGAAUGCUACAAUCUUUACAAAGUUCUUCUGCAACGUUCGCGGGAAUGGUGACGGUGUUCUGCGAGAAGCUCGGUUGGACCAACAUAGAGAUGCUUCUGUCGCAGUUCCAGAGCCGUUUAUCUUUUGGCGUCGAGCGAGAGCUUUGUGACCUGGUACGAAUAUCGCUUUUAAAUGCCGCGCGUGCGCGUAUGCUGUACAACGCUGGCUACCACACCAUGGCUUCCGUUGCAGCAGGGCCUCCGUCUGAAAUCGAGAAUAUCUUGCACAACGCUGCGCCAUUUGUCAGCGGACGCAAGCGAGGUCAGGAGACUGAGACCGAGGUACGUGAACGUAGCGAGGCACGGGUGAUUUGGGUCGCAGGGAGGAGAGGGCUCACUGAAGGAGCGGCUGCAAAGCUCAUUGUUGGUGAGGCAAAGCAACUGUUACAAGCUGAUGUGGCGCAGCUCGGAAUUCAGUGGAAACCGUCAGAGAUUGGAGAAAAUACUGGAGGUCAAGGCAGUCGAGAUCAAUUGAAUUCUUCCGGCGUGAUAGAAGGCAGUCCAAAGUCCCUCAGAGGGCAACCGGCUGAAACUUUACUAAGUGUCACUGGCUUAAAAAUGGCGAACAAAACAGAAGUAGUCAUUGGUAAACCAAUCUCAAAGUCAACUCCUCCUGCUUCUCUUGGUGGACAGACCAUGGAAAACGGAACGAUCAGGCACGGUGAUGACCAUCAGGAAAUUGUUGGGCCAAGUUCACUAAGAAAGAUGGAAUCCAUCGAGACGGGCGGAGAUUUCUUGAAUCUCCCUUCGCGACACCUAGAUACAAGAGUGGAUCGCCAAAAAAGUCAAGGAGAGGUCGGAAAAGAAGAGAAAAUCACAUUUGUCUUCAAAAAUAGAGACUGCCCCUCGACAUCCGAGGAGGAACAUUCCUCUAGAUCCAGACAUUCCAAACGCAUGAUGGCAAUCUCGAGUGAUUCUACUUCCAUUAUUCCUUUAAGGAAUGGGAUUACAGAUUUUCCUCGCUCAAGGAGCAAACGUCGUUCACCAAUACCUGAGAUGCCUGAGCCACAAGAAAAAUUAAAGAGAAAGGAAACAGCGGCAGUGAGCAUCCCGGAAGUAAACAUACCGGAAGUAAAUAUACAUGAAGCGAUUGUUCCGGAAGUAAUCUUACCAAAAGUGUCGAAAGAGUCGAAAAACUCCUCCGCUGUGAUGGAGGAGGUCUCAGCUGAUUCUAAAUUUUGCAACGAAACUCAGUCGGUUUCUCUGGAGUUGUACUCUGAGCCGUUUGAAGGUGAAGAACCUGCCGUGAAAGAAAAAACCGAUAAUUCCACUCAUGGUGAGGGCAAUGUCCUGCUCGAUUCUCAGGCACUUGCUGCAUGUAGCUUGAGUGACACCUGUCUUAUGAAGUGUGACGUUAUAGCUGAAGAGAAAGCCGAUAAGUUAACGACGCACUCGCGUGCCGUGGCCGAGACAAAUGAGCCACCUGGCAAGGACUGCGAAAUUCUGCCCGAUAAAGUAAACACAGUACAACCUGGUAGUUUGGUUACGCUUGAAAGUCAGGAGAUAAUCGGUGAAUAUGACACUCAUCCACGCCCUCCAGCCACAGAUGAAUUUCAUACGAACCACAGCUUGGAAAUUCUGUCGUCAUUCGCUUCUCCUGUUCUUCAGUCGCGGAAAUGCUCCGUGGCAGAUGACUUAGCCUCCGUAAGCACUGCGAAUUCAUUUUCGCUUCGUCUUUCGUCCAGCGAUGGUUGCCUCGACUCUGAUCUGUCCAUGUUGGCCGUUGUUGAGUUAAUGGAGAAAGAAGCUGAUGCCAAAAGCCUGCAAAAAGAAACAGAGACCGAAGCAUUACCUCGCGCGCCUGUGGUACGUCACAGUGAAUCUGAUUUUAUUAAAAUCAAGAGCUUGAAAUCCACUUAUUUACCCAGCCACAAAGAUGAGAAAUCGCCCAACAAGAAAAUACCACGCAGUUCACCGACACAUGGUGAUGAAAUUAAAGAAAAUGAAAUGCCAGAUUCAGACAUUGUCCCUUCCACACCCCCGAGAGAGAAACGGCCGUCCCAGGGUGACUUUAAGACAAAAACGUCAGCCACUCCCUUGUCGACAAGAAAACGCUCGUCUCCUCGAAGGUCACCGUAUUCCAAUGCCCCGGAUGAAGGACUUGUAAUCAUCGACGUUGCAGGACAUGAGCAAGUUUUUGCAAUGUUCCUUAAAGAAUGGCGCAGUCAAACCCGCUUUUCGUUAGCUGUAGCUUGUGAGCGCUUCCUUGAUGACGUCCCCAGAAUAGGAGGACGAUUCAGUAAUGCGCCAACAUCAGAAGGGACCCCGAGGGGCUUGAAGGUGGAAGGAGAGGAUCUAAUGGUGGUCGGAGUUGCGGUGAGCUGGAGCUAUAACGACGCUUAUUACGUUUCUCUCAAAGAGAAUGCUCAGCCGUCGCCCCGUCAACCAGACGACAGUCAGGCUGAGUCAGCGGUUGAUAGUAAUCUGACCCUUGCUCGUCGUGUAAAUGCACUGAAGAGUGUUAUUCAGUCCUUGACAGAACGAGGCCGACUCAUGGUUUGUUUUGAUGUCAAAGAACACUUCAAGACCUUUGCGAGAUCUACCGGGAUCUCUCUCAGUGGACCUGCGGAGGACCCCAAGGUAGCUAGUUGGCUCUUGGAUCCAGGAGCAAAAGAAAAGAACCUUCAUCAGCUUGUAGGAACGCACUUACCUGAGGAGGCACCUCUAUUGGAAGGUAGCGGUGGUGGACUGGGUACAGGAGGUCUGGCUCUAGCAUACCAAUGUCAGCAGAGCGGUCGAGUGAGGGCCUGUGUCGAGUCUGUCUUAGUUCUUUCUUUGAUGAAAAAGCUGAGUCCUUUACUAGAGGCGGAGGAUCUGAUGUUGGCGUUUACUAAGGUGGAGAUGCCAUCUGUGCUGUGCUUGGGUCGCAUGGAGUUAAAUGGCUUAGGGUUCUCAGACACAGAGAGUGAACAUCUAAAGAAUAUCCUACAGGCCAAGCUACGCAGGCUGGAAGAGGAAGCAUACCGACUGGCCAAUCACAGUUUUUCACUGACCAGUCGAGAAGAUGUGGCUCAGGUACUUUUUGUAGAGCUCAAACUGCCACACGACGGCAACUCGGAAGAUGGCCUGGCUACUAAGCGCAAGACGCUAGGCGUGACUCGGCGUGGAACGUCACGUGGUACGAAGCAUCUCAGCACCAACAAAGACGUGCUUGAAAGGCUCAAGCCGCUGCAUCCGCUUCCUGGGCUGAUCAUAGAGUGGCGGCGGAUCAACUCGGCCCUAACUAAGGUGGUGUUUCCAUUACAGAAGGAAAAGUGUUUCAAUCCGAGACUCAACAUGCCACGGAUUCACUCCAUGAGCCAGACGCACACAGCGACUGGACGAGUAUCAUUCGCGGAGCCGAACUUGCAAAACGUCCCCAAAGAUUUUGAUAUCACAUUACCAACAACUAUCGCCGAGAGUCCCCCUCCUGGAGUCUGGGACGAGAAGUCUUCCUCAAAGCGAGGCAGAAGAAGGCGGCAGAGCAUGAUGAAUGUUAAGCCUGGGAUGAAUUCAACAGGAGUGGCUCCAAACUUUUCUGUGAGUAUGCGGAACGCUUUUGUCCCGUUUAAGAAUGGCGUGCUGCUUGCCGCUGACUAUUCUCAGCUAGAACUGAGGCUCAUCGCCCACCUCGCCAACGAUGCACGUCUGCGCAAGAUUCUCAACGGGGGAGGUGACGUGUUCAGAAUGGUCGCAGGCGAACUUUAUCGAGCGCCCGCGGAGACCAUUAAAGAUAACCAGCGACAACACGCUAAACAGGUAUGUUAUGGGAUCAUAUAUGGUAUUGGCGCCAAAGCGCUUGGAGAGCAGCUUGGAUUGGCUGAAGAGGAAGCCGCCUUGUUUAUUGACAAGUUCACGUCGUGCUUUGUUGGGGUGAAGAAGUAUUUGAAAGAGACAGUCGAGCAGUGCAAGAAACAAGGCUUUGUGAAGACAGUUACCGGAAGAAAAAGAUUCCUUCCGGGGAUUAACUCACCAAACACGCAUGCGCACAGUCAGGCAGCCAGACAAGCUGUUAACACCACGGUGCAAGGGUCAGCGGCAGAUUUGGUGAAGACAGCCAUGGUUAACAUUGACAAGAGGUUAACUAAGGAGUUCCCAUCGUGUGUUAUGACGCAUAGACAUUCCCACCCGGAUUUGCAGUCUAGUAGAAGCAAAAUCCGGGGGAGACCUUCAAAGUGCAAUGUCCCACCACCUGUUGGAGGGUAUUUUGUUUUGCAGCUUCAUGAUGAGCUUAUAUUUGAGGUUUCGGUGAACGAAUUAAGAAGCGUGGCGCAGCUUGUUAAAACUGAAAUGGAGGACGCCAUGAAACUCUCCGUUGUUACACCUGUUAAAAUGAAGGCUGGUCCUUCUUGGGGAAACAUGGCAGAAUUUGAAUUAUAAAUCCCCGUAUUGUUUCUAACCGAAAGCGAUUCACAACAAAAAUUAUUAAUCGACUGAAAAGAAAUCAUUUAUAAGUUAUUCGUCAAACGUUAUUGAAUGAAUAGCGAGGGAAACAGGUUGUAAAAGGCGGACUUGUGCCCAGUGAUUCCUCCGAGGGGUACAACGAGAAGCACUGGUAGCGUGUUUGAAAGGGUGAGCUAAGGUGGAGAAAUGUCUGAUUGAAGAGUUGACUUAUUACUCGACCAGUUAGCGUAUAUAUUAGGCUGUAUACAAUUAUGUCCUACACUUUUUUAACUUCUUGACUAUGAACAAAUUGUUCUAAUGUGUAUAAUGAAUACAAUCAAAGAUAGCACUGAAAAUUUAUGAAUAUACGAACAGCUAUUUAUUUAUUGUCAGAAUGGGUUUCACGCAAUUCAAUAGAGAAGCAUUACAUGAACUUAA